AUGCCGGCUGGCGUGGGGGAGACGUUGUUGGUCACCCUAUUUGCGGAUUGCCAUUACUACUUCAGUGAUCCUUCCUCGAAACCUCCUCACCAUCGAUUCGAUCGCGGAUCCUAUGUCUACUUGUUCUACAACUCCACUGCCCGACAAGCAAAACUUGAAGUUGCCAACAAUGCUGGCACAGCGGAACAGGAUGCYUUUCAUGGAUAUCUGAAUGUUGCCAAUGUGGCUUAUAGCUACUUACAACCUACAUUGUGUACGCUGUUCAUCAACACGGGAGCUGUCCAAGAUCAAUCGACCUGGCACCUCCCUACCUUGGAUCCACGAAAUGAGCAGAAAUACUCAUACAAACUGCAUGCAGUGGAUAUCUACUUUUGGACAGAGAAAGACGCCGGGACCUUCCUCUCCAAUUUGAAGAACAUCCUAGGAGGGGAUAAAUUCGACAUCAAACACGCCCCUGCAUCAGCCUCUUCAGGGUUCGCUUCCCCUUCACAUUCCGAACAUCGGGAUUCGAUGAGUCCAGUCGUACAACUCUUGGAAAAGACAGCGGUAGGAACACAUUUCCCCCCUCGAGCUCCCAGCGCUGUAUCUGCGCAGUCAUUCCCUGGACCUCCCACGCCUGCGACGAGUGGAGGUGGUGCUUCUCCCAAUCCUGUCCCCGCGCCUAUGGCGUACAAUCCUGCUGCUCCCGCGGCGCCAGAACCGGUGGUGUUCAGGGAGAAGACGCCGCCGCCUAUUGAUGAGAAUGGGACGGGAUUGGGGAUGGUGGCCAAGUAUGAUAGUGCGCCGCCGCAGAACCAUUCAUACGGAGGUCUGUCUGGGAUGGGGUAUGGAAACACGUCUCAGCCGAUUCAUUUCAGCGGACCACCCCCGCAACAAUAUCAACAUCAACCACGACAAGCUUCGCAAACGAGUUUCCCUGGACCACCACCUCAGACUUCUGGGUCUAUGGAGAACGUCCCGAGGACGUUUUCGGGAAGUGUUCCUCCACCUCCUCCGCAGGGCCAACACAGAGCACCGUCGUUUGGUCCCAUGGCGCAGAGUACUCUACCGCAGUCCCCUCCUCCGGGGCAAACGUCUUUCCAGAGACAAUCUGUGACUCCUACACAGCAGCAUGCAAUCUAUACUCCUGGUCAACCGCAAUCUCAAUACGCUACGGUAGCGAGUCCUCCGGCUUACUCUACACCGUUGCAAUCUCCUGGAUUCCCUGGACCUCCUCCUCCUCAUCAACAACAACAGCAACAACAGCAGAACGUUCCGAUUGGCGGGUAUGGACAUUACUCGUAUUCAGCAGCUCAGACGCCUCAGGCAGGGGAAUUUGGGAAUAUGGGUGCCUAUCAGGGCGACUUGCACAGUCAGGUUUAUAGACCUACCGAGGCGGAGGUGGGCUCGCAUGUCAAGCCGGCGAGCACGACGGCAAAACCUGAGGGCAAGGUGGGCAAGGUGGAGGGGAAUGUGAAUAAGUAUUUGAAGAAGUUGGAUAAAUUAUGGUAG